AUGCUCGUCAACUCCAUCCUGGUCGCAGGCCUUGUGGCCGCCACCCAGGUGGCUGCCUCGCCGUGCAAGCCGCCUCCCAAGUACAAGCCCAUUGAGAGCAUCCAGCUUGGUCCUCGCCCCUACUGGCUCGUCGACGACAUGAGCGACAGCCCCGUGAAGAAGCAGCUCGAGGAGUGCAAGGACAUCAAGGAGUUCAAGCCCUCUGCUUGGAGCAUUGCCCACCGUGGCGGCGGCACCCUUUUCAUGCCCGAACACUCUGUCGAGUCGAACCUCGCCGGCGCCCGCAUGGGCCGCGGGGGGCUCCAAGCGGCCUACGCCCAGCAGCUCAUCGACGAGUACAGGCAGGCCGGCAUCGACCCGCGCCGCGUCUGGCCCCAGUCGUUCCACUACCCGGACAUUCUCUACUGGCUCGACAACGAGCCCGCGUUCGGCGCGCAGGCCGUCUACCUCGACGAGAACGGCGAGACGGCCGCCACGUUCCCCGACGCCGUCGCCAACCUGACCACCUACAAGGCCGACGGCGUCAGGAUCGUCGCGCCGCCGCUGCCGUACCUCGUCACCCUCGACGACGGCGGCAGGAUCGUGCCGAGCGCCUACGCCACCAGGGCCAACGAGCUCGGGCUCGAGAUCAUCACCUGGUCGCUCGAGCGCAGUGGCGUCCUGAGCGACGGCACCAAGGGCGGCUACUACUACACCACCAUUGCCGACGCCAUCCAGACCGACGGCGACGUCUUUGAGCUGCUGCACGUCCUCGCCAAGGACAUCGGCGUCCUGGGUGUCUUCUCCGACUGGAGCGCCACCGUGACGUACUAUGCCAACUGCCUUGGUCUGUUCUGA